AUGACGACCGCGAAUGACACCGGCAAUGUCGAGCAGGUCGACAAGGCACUCUUGCUCGCCGCCCUGCACAAUAUAGAUAACACGCCGCAUUUCCUCGCGGGUCCGAUAGCUACCGCUGCAGCACAGGCAGCCCAGAACCUACGGAUCGUGCUCGUGUCUCCGCUCUUCGACGCGAACUCUGCAGAUUACCAGAGCCAUCGACCGACUGCAUUGGGGACAAAGCGGUUCCGCGAUGUGCAGAAUGUCCUGACCUAUGUGUACGUCCAAGCUACCAAGGUCGCCCAGGAAAUGGACAAGAUCUUGAUGGAUGUGGAUGUGCUGCUCAAAGGCGAGGAUGAGCACUUGCAGGAAUCUGCGACCGCAGAUGCCCAAGUUGUAUACAAAGUACACGACUUUGAGCCCAAGCUCACCAUAUGCUCAACCGCGAAGGACGUGUGGCUGUCCCCAAGUGAAGACCCAUCCGCCCGCAACGAGCCAUCAAACACCCCGGACAUCGCUGUGCCAGUGCCCACCUUCUACCCCGUAACUGCCCUCGGUGGUACAUUCGAUCACUUGCACGCUGGGCACAAGAUCCUGCUGAGCAUGGCCUGCUGGAUAACGGCACAGAAGCUCAUUGUCGGUAUGACAGGAAACCUAUUACAGAAGAAAGUGAACAAAGACGUCAUCCAGUCACUGCCGGAACGCAUAGACUGCACGCGUAGAUUCCUCGAGCUCUUCAAGCCAGGUCUGGCCUACGACCUCGUCCCGCUGAAGGACGUUGCGGGCCCUACAGGCUGGGACCCAAACGUCCAGGCUCUUGUUGUCAGCCGGGAGACCCUCAACGGCGCCGCCACCAUCGAGCAGAUCCGCAAGGAUAAGGGCCUAUCUCCGCUGCGGACAUUCGUCAUAGACGUGAUCUCGCACUCUGACGCAAAACUCGACGUAGAGGACGCAGAGACGCUGCGCAAGAUCAAGAUGAGCAGCACGUUCAUCCGCAAGUGGAUUGUGCAACAGCGCAGCAAGCCAUAA